AUGGGCAAAGUGGGGCCCAAAGAUGCCGCGAUCUGGAAGCGCCUCACAGCCAGGGCCGACGUCAUCGCCCACUCCUUGACGCCGAAGCAAGCAUCCUUGAUCCUCUCGGCCAUGGCGCGAAGCCGCCAGAGCCACGAAAACUUCCUGCGUCGCUUCAGGGUGAAGUUCGCGCCCUCGCUGAUCGCCGCGGCGGAUCUCAUCGACCUUUGUGGCAUGAUCAGCAGCUUGAGCCAGCUGAACGUCUACCAGGAGGAGCUGUACGGCUUGGCGGCGAAGCGGCUGAUGGACUCAUCCGUGCAGAUGGAUAUGCGACAGCUGUCACUGGUGGCGAAUGCCUUUGUGAAGGCAGGCCAUCAGGACAUGGAUCUCUUUCAGCGCUUGCUGAAGCAGGUCCCGCGCCAGGCCGCGAAGUGCACCGCCAAGGAGCGGAGUUUGAGAGCCGUGGCCACGGAUGCCGCAGUCCUGCUGAAUGCCUUGGCGCAGAUUCCUGACUUUCAGAUCCAGGACUGGGAGGCUAAGGAAGAGCAGAAGGAGCUCAAAAGCGCCCUGGAGGCUCUGGCACUGCGUUUGCCGGAGAUCCUCCCAAAGGCGGAUCUGCACUCGCUGGCAGUGAUUCUCAAUGCCUUCGCGCAGCUUCAGUUUGUGCAGAAGGAUGCACUGGACCUCAUCAGUCAGGAGCUGUUGCUCAAUGAGCAGAAGCUGCAGCGGAUGACAGGCCGACAACUAGCCAUGGUGCUGAACGCCAUUGCCAGGCUGCAGCUGCACGAGCCACGGCUCAUCGAGCUGCUUGCCGCCUCUGUGCGAAGCGGCGCUCAGGCACUGGACCCCCAGGGCCUGUGCCUGGUGGCCAAUGCUGCCGCCAAGCUGCAGUUGGGCUUGGAGACCUUCCAAGUUCUCUACAGCCGCAUCCCCCGGCUGCUGUCCCGACUGAGCGCCCGGCAGCUGGCGAUGCUUUGCCACGCCUGGGCCAAGGCGCAUAUCCACAACGACGACCUGUUUGAGCUGCUGUCCUUGCCGCUGAUGCACCACGCACCGCAACUCACAGCGCACGAGGUUGCCAUCACUCUGUAUGGCUAUGCGCAUUUCCGGCACUCGCCGAAGGAGCUCUUUAAAGUGCUGUUGGAGCGCUUCAACAGCUUGCUGGCUGAGGAGGCAGUCAGCGAGUCGGACUUGCUCAUGGUUGCCAAUGCGUUGGGCCGCGUGGGUUGGAGGGACGACUCCAUCCAAGAGGCCCUGCAGAAGCUUGGAGAUGUCAGGUAUCUCUCGGUGCAGGCACUCGCCACUUUCGGCCUCCAGGGCGAGGCCAGCCGCUCCGAGACUGGCUGA